UCCAUGAGAAGAGGCCGCUAAAAUCAGCUCCGAAUUUUCAGGUCGGUAUGGCAGUCAGAUUCGGCCGCGAAAGUCCAUAAGGUGAAACGUCUAUUCAUAUAUCUCGUCUGUGGUUGAAAUCAUGUACCAUCGAUGGAUCACACUUUCUUCAACAUAUACACAAGGAGCAUCAAAUAGCUAAUGGUACAAGGCUACACUGCAAUCAUUAUCGUCGUUAUGCUAUACACAUCCUGUCGGAAUACUUAUCCCUUCCUCGAAGAGGCCUUUUUGCGCGACACUAAAGACAUCUAAAGAAAAAAAGGACAAUGCCAGUUGAACAAACAAUGGAGAAACAGAUGCGAAGAAUUGUUCUCAUCGUUCUUGCGGUGUUACUUGCGUCGAAAAAUUUAGCGUCGUGUACGGAUGUUGUUUCCCCGUUGAUCUAUUUCCACUCGGAAGAAGAUGAUCCUGGUUCGAACGAUUCCGAACCGAAAGCUGUCGUGGAUUUGAACGAAGUUAACAACCCAGAAAGCCUCAAUUUUAUCAAAUCCGACGAUUCGAAGAUAUUGAAAAGCGAUUUGGUACAAGAUGAUCCGACGAAGCAACCAGAUAUUACUGAUAACAUUGAAAUCGUUAUCAAUGGGAGAUCAAUGAAACCAAACACCAACGCGUGCAAGAGUGGCGUUUGCAAGAUAUCCGUGUCCACCGAUCGAGACGAGGAUGGCAAUAUCGUAACCGACGUGCAUCUGAAAGUAAUAUCAAAAACCGAGAGACCCACGAUAAAUGAUAUUCCAGUGAUCGACGGAGUUCGCGGCGUAGAAGAUCGCGAUCUCCGCCUUCCCGAUUUCCGGCGUGAGAGUUCUUUUCGUCCAACGACGCAUUCGUACAACAUUCCACAGAUUCAGACUCGUUAUCGUGACGGUGAACCUUGGUAUCAGGGCCAGAGGAAUUUCCAAAGACCUCAAAUUACUUGGCAUUACCAUCAUCCGGGAGAAUUUGCAAGCAGAGGAUUCUCGAAUUAUGGCGGACGAUCGUUCGGUGCACCUGUUGUGGACGACAAGAUCGAACCGCCGCUCAGCAAGACUCGAGGCAAUUAAUAACAAUCAAUAAAAAUGCAAUGUAUCGCGAUCGUUCGAUCGUUUCGUUUUGAAUAUUGUUAUCCAGUGUAAUAAACGUACGAACAGUAUCAAAUAAUGGUAUAUUUUUGACUUUCGUUUCACAAGAAGGAGGCGAGGAAAGACGGGCACGCAAAGAAUUGCGUAUCUUAAAACGCAAAUUAAUUACACCUACAUUAAAUAACUAGGCGGAUAACGAUUAUCGUACAAUAAUCGGCUAACAGGAAAGGACGAUGAGUUCUUGGGCAUCGAUUCUUCGGUAACAUUGUUUCUCGAACGCAAAUCAGCGCUAGCCCGUAAGUUUAAAAUGAUCCAAAGAUCGUUACCUAUAUCGGUUGAAACGCAAUUCUACGCUGACUUGUACUUAUUGAAUACAUAGAGUAUUUUUAUGGCAUUCGAUUAAAUAUAUUUGACAAGUAAACGAUUAAAGGUAUUGUUUAUAAACCUGAGUUAUAGAGGACCUUGAAGUAAAGGGAAGAAAACGUAGAAAGGGUAAGAAAUAAUAGAUUAG